CAAAAGGGGAGGUCCAAAGUCCAAACAGGAAGGUCAAUCCAGUAGGCAGGUCAAUCCAGUAGGAGCAGGCAAAAAGGAAGGUCCAAAGUCCAAAAAGGCAGGUCGAUACACGAGCAGGCAGAAUCAGAAUCAGAAUCAGAAUCAGAAGACGCGGGAGAGCUAGGUAACACACUAGACAAUCUAGCAAAGUACUGAGGGGAAUGGACCGGUAGUCCUAUAUACUAUAUGGGGGUGUGGCAGGCCAGGUGAAUGAAAAAAGCAGGUAAUGCAGAGCAGAAAGGAGUGGCAGAGUCUGAAAUGACAGGAGUUAGUUUGGCAAAACAGGAAACAGACAACUGAAAAACUAAAGCCUUGUUGAAGUUGUGACAACAAUAUUUCAUAACAGCACGUGGGCGUGGCUUUCAAAGUGCGAUCAAAGUUACUCAUUAGUUAGCUCAUUUGUUUCAUUGAAACGUAACCUAGAGGUAGUAUAAUUAUUUAAAAGGCUACAGAAUAUUAAAAAAUAUAAAGAUUAGAAUCAGAUUGGCUCACGCUAGAUCUUGUACAUUUUUAGGCUAUUUGGUAUCAAAUUCAAGCAAACUUAGCCUUUUGAAUCCACUUAUUUUCUAAGUUGAUUUUUCAUACCAUGGAGCUAAUUUGGAUGUGGAUGUUAUUUCUCGGCUGCAGUGCGAAUGCGCCCCCGGAGGAAGUGGAGCUUUUUAAUUUGGUCCAGCUAAACAAAUGGAUCGCCGAACCAGCCAAUGAAUGGUCAACAUACAGGCUGAAAUCCAACAGAGACUCUCUCCAAGGCUGCCGAUCCGACGACAAGCGCAGGACUCUGCUGAGCCCUUGGAUCGAAUGCCCCGACCCCCAUCAACUGCUAUUGGAUAUCGAAUUCGCCCUGCAUGAAUCGGCCAAUCAGGUGAAGACACUCGACGUUCACCUGUUCCAGAAAAAAACAACCAAGUUCUCCAGAGGAACCCAAGGCGUUCUCUCCCUCACAGCCACCCGUCCCUUCCCUGGAUCGGUGAGCCCUAGCCACAUAGAAAGCUUCAUCAGCCAGAAUCGGAGUCUUAACUUGGGCUCCGUCGCAGCGGGGGGCUUCCACCUCGGCCUCUCCUACUCGGGGUCGUGUGUCUUCAUCGUGUCUGUGAGGCUGUACUACCGGAGGUGCCCCGGCUUCGUAGCCGGCCUAGCCAGGUUUGCGGGGGCUGAGGCCGGGUCGGAGGACCCCCAGGAGGGCUCCUGCGUCGACGGGGCGCGGUCGUUGUCCCCCAAGGCGCAUUGCGAUGAAGAUGGCAUUUGGAGAGAGGUGACCGGGGAGUGUGUGUGCGUCCCCGGCCACGAGAAAGCGGCCGAUACUUGUACAGCUUGCAGGACGGGCCACUACCAACCAGUCAAUGAGACCGCAGGAUGCAGACCGUGUCCACCCAACAGCGGCACAGAACAGGAGGGAGCGGUGGAAUGUGACUGUCUGGAGGGGUACGACCGCCUGCCCAACGACGCCCUCGAACAGGGCUGCACACAGCCUCCCUCGGCCCCUGUGAAUGUGAUGUUCCAUCGUCACAGUGACGCCCUGGGGAGCGUCCAGUGGGGGCCACCCCUUAACCUGGGGGGGAGGGGCGCGGCCGAGCUGACGUACAGCGUGGCGUGUUCCCAGAAGGAGCCCGAGGCAGGCCCUCUCGGCUGGGUGCCGUGCGAGAAGGAAGUGCUCUUUUCGCCGAGCUCAGCAGGUCUGAACGGCACGGAAGUCAACAUCACGGGGCUGAGCGGUCUCCAUGACUACCUCCUGGCGGUCAGCGCCGCCAACGCGUUGUCCGGGCGGCGGGUGGGGUGGGAUGUCUCAGAGGCCAAUGUGAAUGUGCACGCCAGGAGGGUCGAGGUCCUGGUAACGGUUGCCCCAGACGUCUCUGAAAGUCCCUCGACGACGCAUUUGGAGGAAUAUCAUACGAGAAGGCCUGAGGCCUUCUCCCUCGAAUGGAAGCUCGUCACGGGCGUACUAGGGGGCUUGAUGAUGCUAGCUGUGGUCCUCAGUGUGGUGGUCGCCAUGAGGCAUGCUGUCACCAAACGAAGACCUGUCCAAGAGAUGGAGCUGUUGCCAUCGAACCCAACCAAUACCUUUCGGAUUUUGGAUGAGCUGCCACAGUCAACACCAGAGCCAGCGAGUUCGCUCCUUCUUGAGCAGCAGGAGCGGGUUGCACACGACGACCCCCUGCUGGCCAAUCUGAGGGAUACACUGGUGCCGCGCAGCCGACUCACCCUGGGCAAGCAGCUGGGCAAAGGGGAAUUCGGGGCGGUCUAUGAGGGCCUCCUCACAGCAGAGGAAGGGGCGGACGUCAAAGUGGCCGUGAAGACCAUCCGAGGGAUUUACUGCCAAGACAGCCUACAGGAGUUCAUCAAAGAGGCGGAGAUCAUGAAGAGCUUUGACCAUGACAACGUGGUCCGUCUGCUGGGCGUCGCCCUGGAGAGAGAGGAGAACUCCUCGCUCUCCGUGCCGCUGGUCAUCCUCCCCUUCCUGGGGCACGGGGACCUGCGCAGCUUUCUCAUCGCCACGCGCUACGGGGUCGUUCCAAUCUUUGUCCCUCACCAGAGUCUCUUGGGCUUCAUGGUGGAUAUCGCCGCCGGGAUGGAAUACCUCAGCUCUAAAGGCUUUCUGCACAGAGACCUAGCUGCCCGAAACUGCAUGCUUGGAGAUUCCUUCCGAGUGUGUGUGGCUGAUUUUGGACUGUCCAAACAAAUCGACAGCAGUAACUACUACCGACAAAAAACGACCACUCGUGUUCCCGUUAAAUGGAUGGCCCUGGAAAGCCUGUCUGAAUCUGUGUACACCACCAAGAGUGACGUGUGGUCCUUCGGAGUGACCAUGUGGGAGAUCGUGUCCCGGGGCCGAAACCCAUAUGCAGGGGUCCAGAACCAUGAGCUUCUUGACCUGCUGACUUGGGGCCAACGGCUCAAGAAGCCAAAGGACUGCGACGACAACCUCUACGAGGAGAUGCGGACCUGCUGGCACCCCGACCCGGCCCAGCGACCGGGGUUCGCGGAGCUGGGCUCCAGGCUGAAGGAGAUGCUCUCUCUGCUGCCCCCUCUGGAGCCCUCUGUGGAGAGCCACUACAUCAACCAGUACCUGGAGGCCGCCAGCGCCGGCAGCGCUGCUGCCUGCCACGGGGAGGAGGACGGGGAGGAACCGGAGGAAGGGCCCGCUAGGAACCUUUACACGCACGCACCCUCUCUUACUCAGGCACAGAGGAACGAAGAGGAGGAAGUAGAGGAUGGAUACCUAAUGUCAAACAGCAUUGGGUUAGCAGGAGAGGGCAACCGCAAGAGCUGAGAGAGAGAGAGAGAGAGAGAGAGAGAGAGAGAGAGAGAGAGAGAGAGAGAGAGA